UUGUUGUGAACAGGGGGAUCAGAUCUUUGUACUUGUCGCACAUGUAGAUAAACCUGGAAGCUGUUUUGUUUAGACGCUAAAUAUCCGUGGAUUCGGUGUCCGAGCGACGCCGCAAAUGUCCAAUAAGAGCGAUUUCCCUGUUUCCUUUUUUUUGGCGAUUAAGUGUGAGUGGAGAAAUGUAAUUGCUAUAAAUUCCGUAAACUUUGCCUGGACUUUAUCUGAAACUUGUAAAACUUGUCAGAUCGAAGCAGAAUUUGAGCCUCAUUAAUGCGACAUUUGUUGAAGUAUUUUUCCUCAAAUUUCCAUGUAUUAGUUAAAUAGUAAGAAACUCUUAAAUUCGAGGGCUUUCUAUGCCUUGGGGAUUCCAUCCCGUGCAACAAGACCCCCCCCCUCUCCUUCUCCUCCCUAAAUGCUUUUCUAGCAGAGCUGCUCGGGAUUGGCCAGACCCUGAUCAGCUGGUGCGUUUCCCUGCGCGCUCACAUUGGCACCUCGCCACCCCCCCUCCGGCUAAAAGCAAACCUCAGAUAAAGUAAUGGCAAAGCACACUUGGACUAUAAAACACAACAAAUCAUAAACCCUCGGACAAAAACCGUGGCCACCCAAUGAGUUCCUACUUCGUCAACUCCACUUUUCCCGUGUCUCUGCCCGGGGGACAGGAGUCUUUUUUGGGUCAGAUCCCGUUAUACUCCUCAGGAUAUACGGACUCUUUAAGGCACUACCCGAGCACUGCGUUCGGAGCCACCAAUGUGCAGGAGAAGGUGUACACGCCCUCCUACUACCAGCAGGCUGCGGGGGUGUUCGGCAGGAACGGAGCGGGCGCGUGCGACUACGCCGCCGACCGCGCGUGUGCUCUCGGAGGGCUUGAGGACUCGCUGGUGCUGAACCAGGAGCAGUGCAAGACGGACUGCACCGAGCAGAGCUCAGACAGAUACUCUUACAGCGAGGACAAGCCGUGCGCCCCGGUCUACCCGUGGAUGCAGAGGGUGAACUCGUGUAACGGCAUGCCUGGAAACACCGGCCGCAGGGGUCGACAGACGUACACUCGCUUUCAGACUCUCGAGCUGGAGAAGGAGUUUCACUUCAACAGAUAUUUGACCAGAAGACGCAGAAUCGAGAUCUCGCACGCGCUCUGCCUGACCGAGCGGCAGAUAAAGAUCUGGUUCCAGAACCGCAGGAUGAAGUGGAAGAAGGAGAACAAAGUGAUGAACUCUGCGAAGGCCGGCGAGGAGGAGGAUGGUGGCAAGGCGGGAUAAACGCACCGCAGUACACGCACUGUGCAAAAUAUUCAAACAAGCGAGUCCAGCAUUUUACCCCCCACAGUGUUGUAGCCUGUAGUAUUUUGAUGUAGAUGUACAGAUUUACCCAAACAGAAAGCAGCUACCUGUUUAAAGCGUUGUUGAGACCACAAGCCACCAGCAGAGACUUUCUGACGGCUUUGUGCUUUAAAACCAGGCAUCUUUAUCAUUCUCACUAAGGCGGUGGGGACAGAGAACAGGGCACCUUGACCAACUUUGUGUAUUAUUAUUAUUAUUAUUAUUAUUUUUAUUAUUAUUAAUAAUAUUUGGAAUUGGGCCUGUUUUAAUUACCUGACAGGAAAAGAACGGUUGCUUUUCCAGCACCCUUGUUUUUCCACCUUCUAGCUUUUACCGAGACCUGCAGAGCGAAGUGGGAGGCUAAGGACAUGGAGAUGUUUAAACUGCUGUGUUGAACUGCUCUCAUGCUUUAUUUAUUUUGUUCGUCACAUUGUGUAUGUGGUUGCAGUAAGAGCAAAGCAUUAGUGAACUUUGUUAGCAAUGCCAUUUUUUGUCAAUAAAAUAAAUGUUUAACCACGUUUA